CAAACUUGCGCCAACUCGGCGCCGCCGCCGCCGUCAGCUAGCUCCGAAGAAAGGCCCAUGUUUGGGAAACGGGAAACGAACUCCAUAUUCGGCACCAUCCCAUUCAACCCAGACGACCAGCAGAGAACAGAUGCGUACCUUCGGCAGAAGCUGAACUCGAACGUGUUGUCGCGACGACCCGGCCCCGGUGGACGGCGCUUGACCUACCUCGAGAGCUGCAAGGCCAUUGAAAUUGCAAACGAAGCGUUUGGAUUCAACGGAUGGAGCUGUCGCAUCAUAGAUUGCAACGUGGAAUGCAAGGAGAAGAGCGACGACGGGAGGUGGAGCAUCAUCUACAGCUCUGUCGUGCGUAUCGAACUCAAGGACGGAUCAAGUCAUGAGGACGUCGGGUUUGGUACGAGCGACGGGAUGAAGGACCUAGGCGCUGCCCUCGAACAAGCUAAAAAGGCAAGUAUUUCUGACGCCCGGAAGCGUGCUUUGCGUUUGUUUGGCGAAUACUUGGGAAACUCGUGCUACGACAAGGAACACAUUAAGGACGUCGCUGCGAACCGAGCCAACCAGUCGAAUCUGCAGUCGCCCACUGCCAUCAAGAUUGAAAAUGGACACACGAACAUGGCGUCGACGGGGACCCCCCAUACACCCCCCCUGCAUCCCCCCCCUCGUCGUCUACCUCCCACUACUACUACCACUCCAAGUGCGCCGCAGUUUCAACCACCUCCCCGAACUCCGGCAGUCUCAGGAGGCAUCGUCCCACCAGCCGGCAGCAACAACGUAGGGCAUACGCCCCCUGUGCCUAUGGGCCACGGCUCCACGAAUCCCGUCAAUUCGUAUGGCUUAACCACCCCCAACAACUCCCAUCCUUCCCUUCCCCAUCGACCGGCGGUGCCCCCCCCAAAUCCAGUCAUCAAAGCCGAGCCCAAGUCCAUCCCUUUUCCUCCGACGCGCGCAGCCGACUCUUCAUCUCGUGGACAGCAAAUGGUUGCGCCACCAGUGCACAGUUGGAGCCACCAACCUCCGCCAGCUCCCGGGUAUUCCAACACUGGUAACCACCAACAAGGGGCGGGUACAAUGCACCCAUCCUCGUCUGCAACAUAUGUCGACAGUGCAUCCGCCAAGUCCAUACCACGAGGAGGGGGGGGAGGGGGUACUACCUUUCACCGCCCCCUCCCGACCAACACGCUGUCGUCUCCGUCCAUGCCGCAUCCCCCACGAUUUCAAGACGAUUCUGCCAGUACCAAUCGCAAACGGGCCUUGGAUGUGUAUGGCAACACUAGUACUACUACUACUAGUAGUACUACUACCACCAACGACGACGGGGCGGUGGACGAUCUGGACGGGCUGCGGCUCUCCCAAUUCGAAUUUGACGACGGGGCAACAACCAACUCCAAGAAAGCUCGGUCCUAGGUUUAAUCGUGUAUAAGCUGGAAUCGAAAGUGACGGGUUAAGGCAGGAUGCCGUUGGUGAUUUUCUGAAACUGGUCGUAGCGCUUCGUCCACUUGUUCUUGUAGCUGAGCUUGACCAACUUGACUGCGUGCUCGACCGUGUCGUCCAUCGGCAGCGUCUCCACGAACCGAUCGCGGAGCUUUUGCAAGUCCUUGACCACGUCCCGGUUCUGAAAGCACGGAUAUGUUGCCUUGUGCAUCAUGAUUUCGACCAUCGUGAUGAUCUUUUCUGCAUUCCGCUACAUAUAGAUUGUGAAUUCGCUAUAUAUUUCCAAAAAU